GUGUUCCACAAACUAGGAAACGUGUAUACUUCUGAAUUACUCGCCGCUUUUAUCGUGUUGUACAAACUGUUAUCAACUUUUAAAAGGAGCCGGUCACAGCCUCACAGGCCAUGGCUGCAGCCAACUAUUCCCUGAAGGUCAACCCAGCCCUGCUGGAUCCAAACUUUGAGAGUUACCGCUUGUCCCUGGACGCCAUACCAACGUACAAAAUAGAGCUGGAUGCUGCUGUAGGUGAAGUGAUGCUGAAGGACACGCAGUAUACCCUGGAACAUAUGCGCGCCUUUGGCAUGUACAAUUACCUGCACCUUGAUCCGUGGUAUGAAGACAGUGUUUUGUUUGUGGACUGCAAAGGACGUGUUCUCAGCCUCAGCGUCACCCUGGACACUGCCCUCGGGAAACCCAGAGAAGUUUUCUGUCUUUCCGCUGCCUCGAGCCAGUGUGAGGAUCGUGUCUGUGCCUCCAUCAGCUUCACCUCCGCAACCUGGGCUGCCGUGAGUGACGGCAGCGGACGCCUCUUCCUCCUACGCACCGGCAAGAGAGGAGACGGCUCCCAUACCAAGUGGGAGCCAAUGUUCAGUGAAAACAUGGGCGGGCCUUUCAUCAUCGUCCACAGCGUGUCUCACGCCCAGGCCGGCGUCCACACCAUGGAGGUUCUGCUGCUCCGCAUCCAGAUGGACCCGCAGGAAACCAAAGGAAGUGGACAAUCGGUGUCCCUGGACUGGAUCACAGUCGCCAACACCGCAGCACAAGGUCAGGAGAAGAAGUAUGAGGUGAGGAAGCAGAGAGUCCUCCGGGGGAAGGUGGUGCCUCACUAUGCAGCGGUGGAGCCGCAGGGGAAGGGACUGAUGGUGGCGUCGGAGAAACCGUUUGUCUUCACGCACGUGGACGGACGUCCUGUGGAGCAGCCUGAACCAGAGGCGAUGGAGGUGGACAAGAUAGAUGCCAUUUACUUCUGGCAGCAGACAGCGGAGGACAUCACCGUGUGUGUGCGCAUGCCUGAGGGUGUCACCAAAGAGGAGGUGCAGUUCCGGCUGACACCAGACAACAUCUCCAUUGGAGUUCAGGGUUUUCCUCCUCUGCUGGAAGGUCAGAUGUAUGGAAGUGUAGACCCUGAAGGCAGCACUUGGAUCAUCAAAAACGACAAAAGCCUGGAGGUGACGCUGGAGAAACGCAGCGAGGUACCUAUGUGGCCGGAGCUGGUGAUCGGCGACAGGAGGGGUGAGCUUGUGAUGAACGAAGAGCAGGCCGCUCUGAUCCAUGAAAGACUGACCCACCUCACAUCUGAAGACCUGAACGGAAACCCUGACAAGGACAAGCCCGCUUGUAACAUUCAAGAGCUGGAGGACUGUGAUGGGUUCCCAGAAGACAGCUCCAGCCUCACACACUUUGACGGAGAAUCACUCAAGCCCACUCAGGUGGUGAAUCUGAGCAGCCAUCAGUACCUGUUCACCGUGGACGUGAAUCCCUCGGAAAUGCCCUGCCUCUGUCUCCGACACGACGUGGACGCUCUGGUGUGGCAGCCGCGUCCCGAGCAGCCGAGUAACAUGUGGGAGCACGUCGCCACCUUCAACGCCCUGGGAUACGUCCAGGCGUCCAAACAAGCCAAAAAAUUUGCAUCCUGCGCUCCGAACUUUUCCUACUCUUCGAUUUGCGAGUGUCUCUGUCGCGCCUUCAUCUACCGCCAGCCGUCGCCCGUGGAGACGGUGCUCUUCAACCGGAAGCAGGGCCGCCAGGUGGCUCAGGUUGCCAAGCAACAAGUGGCCAGUCUGGACUGCGACAAACCCAUCCUGGGCUUCAGGGCGACCAAUGAAAGACUGUACGUCCUGACCCCUGGUAACCUCUUUGUUCUUAAGGUCAAUAACAAUUAGGUUAAAGUCGCCUCGUUUGCCUCUAAAAGCCUCUCAUUCCACACUGAACAUUUGUUUUCUUCUACAACAGCAACAAAAAAAGACUGCAUUUGUCAACAAUGAGGUUUUUAUUCGCUUCAAUUUUCAUUUUUUAUGCUGCAAAUCUUCAUUUGCAGUUUGGAAAAUAUCAACAAAACCAUAAUAAAUAUUCACAAGCUGA